UGUACAGACCGGGGGAGCUGGCUGUACGUACCCAUAAGUCUUUGCGGUAGUCUCGCGCGUACCGGAUAUAACCUAUCAAGCUUUUCUCCUUCAGAGAAAUACUGCGUUGCGCUCAACUGCCAAUUAUGCAUUAGUCUGGUGGACACGAGGUUGGCCUUAAACUUGCUUGAAAUCGAAAAUUUGGACAACACACGUGUACUACAGCGCAAACGGCAGCAUUCUGACAUAUAGAAACAUGUGGUCUGAUUCUAUUUUUACUUGUCAUUUAGUGAUCACGCGUCCAACCUCGUAUGCAGGGUAAUGUGGCUUUCUCAUUGGUCGAACGUUAAUUUUGUUCACAGCCUUAUAAGGCACUUGAGCGCAACGCAGUAUUUCUCUGAAGGAGAAAAGCUUGAUGGGUUAUAUCCGGUACGCGCGAGACUACCGCAAAGACUUAUGGGUACGUACAGCCAGCUCCCCCGGUCUGUACAUCUUGAUUGUAGUAUACUCAUGCUUAUAAAUCACAUUUGAUCACCCGUUCGAAGAUCUACAGCUACGGACUUGAAUUAGUAUGCCUUCUUCAAAGCUGACUCGAAGUUAUUACAGGUCCCCAUCGUGGGGCGUUGAUCCCAUGCAAUACACGCCUGCUGAACUGCUCGACAUCCGUGGAGCAGCCAACCCCGACAAAGAGGCAAUAGUGGUCCUGGAUGUCGACAAGCCAAGACAAGCAAUCACAUUCGGUGAACUGAAGACCAAGACAGAGCAACUGGCCGCAGGGUUGAUACGCGAAGGUCUGCAGACUGGAGACAGGGUGGCACUUCUCUGCCCCACCUCACUCGAGUAUUCAAUCUGUGAGUAUGCAAUGGCCAGGACCGGUGCCAUCUUGAUUCGAUUCCACGUCAGUGUUAAAUCCAGUGAUUCAGUGAAGUUUGUACUGAAUCACACCAGGUGUCGCUGGUUGAUUGCACUUCCUGGUGACAAGGAUGAGAAUUACCGCCUUCUGGCGGAGAUGAUACCUGGUUUAGCGAAACAAGGACCAUUAAUCAAACUGACGGCAGAUUUGCCCAAUUUGGAAACAAUCUUCUUGAUUUCCUCCGAUGCCGAUUCCUACCCUGGCACAGUACCAUGGACUACACUAUUCACAGGAAUCCAAGAUGGCGAUCUGGACACGAUGCGGAAGCACCAGGCAACCAUUGACAGUGACAUGAUCCAUGGCUGCUAUUGUACUUCCGGGAGUACGGGAAAUCCGAAGUUUGUGGCUAUUUCGGGUCACUGGAUGACCAAUAGUUUCCGUGCAUUCUUCAAGAGGUUGGGCGUAAACGAAUCCGACAGAAUGAUGUCUGAUCGACCGAUGUUUUAUGUCGGUGGUAGUACCAUUCCAAUGCUGAGCAUCGGGUGUACAUUCGUUUCUGUCAAGACUGCAACCACAGGCCCCGAAGCUCAGAAAGGCCUCAACUUCUAUUUCAAGUGUUUAGAGGUCGAGGGCAUUACUGUUCCCUACACGCUACCGUACAUGUUGCCGGAGCUUCUUGGACGUAUCCGAGAUGGCAUGGACGUCAGUAAGAUAAAGGUUGGCAUGACCAGCGGACAGGUGAUUCGGGGGGACAUGUUGCGAAGCUUUUAUGAGUUGGAUUUUCCAAUAGUGAACGAGUACGGGGGCACAGAGGCAGAGGGAAUCUGCUCGACUCUUCUCAGUGAUCCCAUUGAUAUUAAAGUUGCGAAGACAGGCAUCGGUCUUGACAAUGAGAUAAAGAUCAUUGAUGAGAACGGUGUGAUUGUCCCGGUUGGAACCGAAGGGGAGGUGUGCGUCAGGAGCCCGUUCAUGUUCGUUGAGUAUUUAGGAGAUGAGGAGAGGACAAGCCAAGCUAAGGACUCUAUGGGCUGGUAUCACACUGACGACAACGGAGUCAUGGACGAAAAUGGCUACCUGACAAUUCAUGGCAGGAAGUCGGAAGUCAUCACCAAAGCGACGGUGAAGAUUUACCCUUCGGCGAUUGAGAAGGUCAUUCGCGAGCAUACCAAAAUCCGCCAAGUGGUUGCAUCAGGGAUUCCUCAUCCUGUCAUCAAGGAGGAGAUAUGCCUGUGCAUUGUGGCGGAGUCGGGUGCGGAUCUAACUGCGGAGGAUGUGCGUGUUUACUGUAAGGAGAAGUUCCAGGGGGAUGAGACGGGUUCGGGUUCGAUGCCUGACUAUGUCCUGCUGUUCGACAAAUUUCCGGCUGGUGCGACUGCGUGGAAGACAGAGAGGAGAAAGAUACGGGCCGAGGCUGUCCAGCGGAUUGAGGCGGACAGGGAGGGAUGUCGUAUAUAGAGGGAUUCCUUUCGGUAUUGCCGUCAUUGACGGUAACUGAAAUGUCUCGCCAAGUAAAAUUUGAUUCAGUUGAAGCUCAAUUUAUCAUGGUCGUCAACCCAGACUCUCUUCUGUUGCACAUCAUCAUUGUAAUGUGGACAAGCGUGUCUCAAGAAAGUACUGCAAUACGUACAGAAAGAAAGUUCCAAUGGCUUAUACCUUGGGGUCAAUAGUCUCGAGCAGUCCAGUCCAAUGUACAAAUUAAUGCAUUGGUCAAGACGUAUAGGCAUUGAAAUACAUGUACAUGUAAUUGUGAUUUUGUCUGUCUGGUUUCAGAGGUCUUGAAGAAACAUCUUGGAAGUAAAUAGGAAAUUUAAGAAAUGUCUCGA